AUGGAGGAUGUUUUGGAGAAGAUGAAAUCUACUUUAGGUAGUCUAAAUAAAGAAAGUACAAGCUCCUUUGAGGGGCUAUACAAAAAUUGGGGUAAAUUGGAUAACCAAGAGGAACGUCGAAAGGAGCUACUGGAAAUUCAAAAAAGUAACAGAAAUACCAAAUUGGAUAUAUUUAGGGGUAUUUUGGAUUUGGUAAAUGCUGUAGAUCAUAAUAAUAUCUUUCAGUCUAAGAAAAAAGUGUAUUACAGGCCUAGUAUUUAUGUGGCUGGUUUCAAUAAAGCCUCACCAUCAUAUAAUAAUGUUCUCAUGUUAUCUGAAUGGAUGAUUGAGAGGCCAACAGAUUUAGCAGAAAACUGGUACAUAACACCAUGUCCAAAAGGAAAAAGAGUAUUGGCUGUUGCUAAUCAUGUAAGUAUUUACUUAAUAGUAAUCUCAUGA